AUGAUCAUCCCCAUCCGCUGUUUCUCCUGUGGCAAGGUUGUCGCCGACCUCUGGGAGCGCUACAUGGCUCUGCUGGACGAGGGCAUGCCCGACGGGUGA